GGUGGCCAAUGAGAGGUGGGGAGGGUGACGUUGUGGCCAUGGCGGCUGAGGCUGGCCCGCGGGUAGACGUGUAGCGGCAGUUAGCAGCCUGAGUCCGCGGCAGCUACCCCAUUAGCAUUCCUGCCCACCAGCCCUCCCGGCGGGAGGCGUCUAGCUCAUGGCUUAUCACUCGGGGUACGGGGCCCAAGGGUCCAAGCAUCGGGUCAGGGCAGCCCCAGAGCCACCACCGCUCUUUGAUGACACUAGUGGCGGAUACCCGGCUCAGCCUGGCGCUUACCCACCACAGGGCUCAGAUGUGGCCUUCAACGUCAACCACCUGCUCGCGGAUCCUAUGGCUAACGUUGCCGUGGCCUACGGCAGCUCCAUCGCCUCCCAGGGCAAGGAUAUGGUGCACAAAGAGCUUCACAGGUUUGUGUCCAUGAACAAGCUUAAACACUUCUUUGCGGUGGACACCUCCUACGUGGCCAGGAAGCUGGGCCUACUUGUCUUCCCUUACACGCACCAGAACUGGGAGGUUCAGUACAGCCGGGACGUGCCUCUGCCCCCUCGGCAGGACCUCAACGCCCCUGACCUCUACAUCCCCACGAUGGCCUUUAUCACAUACAUCCUCCUGGCUGGGAUGGCACUGGGCAUUCAGAAAAGGUUUUCCCCCGAGGUGCUCGGCCUGUGUGCCAGCACAGCCCUGGUGUGGGUCGUCAUCGAGGUGCUGGCCCUGCUCCUUGGCCUCUAUCUGGCCACAGUCCGCAGUGACCUAGGCACCUUCCAUCUACUUGCCUACAGUGGCUAUAAAUACGUGGGCAUGAUCCUGAGCGUGCUCACGGGAUUGCUCUUCGGCAGUGACGGCUACUACGUGGCCCUGGCCUGGACCUCAGCUGCCCUCAUGUAUUUCAUUGUGCGCUCACUGCGGAUGACCUCCGUGGGCACUGAUGGGGUGGGGGGGCCUGCACCCCGGCAGCGCUUCCAGCUCUACCUGACCCUGGCUGAGGCUGCCUUCCAGCCAAUGAUUAUCUACUGGCUGACCUUUCACUUGGUUCGGUGAUCCAAAUGGGGUCUCCCCUCCUCUCCAAGGAAGACUGCGAUGAAGAUGACCAUGAUGAUUUUUGUCCUGUAUAUUGAAGAUUUUAAUUGCUUCAGCCA